UUUUAAUCGAUUUUUCAUCACAAAACAGAGCUUUGUCAUAAAUAUAAUAUACAUACAUAUUUCAUUUUUAUCUUUAGUUUAAAAAUGAGAAGAUAUAAGGAAUGGUAUAUCAAUUAAAAUCAGGAGCUAACGCGCCGUAAUGAACCUUAAUGUCAAUGAAAUGCAUAAAAGUCGGCAUAUGCCUUCCAAGCAUUACCCAUAAAAUGCCAUGACCGGUAUAUUAUACUAGAAAGGCAAAGGAGCUACUAGAAAGGUUACGUCUGUGAGGGCGACGUCGGCAGCGGCACAAGGGUCGGCAUACGCGCCCCUCCCCUGACCUUUACAGACGUCUCCCGCGGGAGAGUGUAAUCACGCCGCAUUACCACUCGACGACACCUCUAUGAAACGUUCUCAUAACAUCGAGGAGUCGCCCCGCUCGGCUCGAACCCAGAAUGGCACGGAUUAGAGCUUUAUUGCGAGCGCACCUGUCUAGGUGAGCGAAGCGGGGCGCGCACUGCUGCAGGCCGGCGGCGCGACGUCGCUCCACGGACUGCGCAUGCGUGCCGCCCGCUAUUAAAAAAUGAAUUCCUGGUUCCCGCACUGAGAGCCGCACGUUCGUCGCCGCCGCCGCGUUCCUCUCGCUAUUUUUGCGCGGUGAGACCGGGACCGCGCCCGAGGAUCGCGCCGUGAUUAAAGUGCCGGGUGUGGUCGCAGUGCGGUGCAGCGCGGUGCGUUACGAGUGCAGUGCGAGUGGUGGCGGGCGAGACACGUGCGGCGGCCGGUUGAUGCGCUCGGGGCGCUGCUAGCGGCCGCGAUAUGGCGCUUCGCACCGCCCGCGCCCGCUCCCUUCGCUUAGCUAAACUCGCACGAUGAGCGACCUGCAGGCCACAUUCGAGUUCUCCGUUGAGCUAUACAAGUUCUACAAUGUCGAUCUCUUCCAAAGAGGGUUAUACCAAGUUCGCGUGGGCUUGCGCGUGUCCCCAAAGGUGUCAGUGCACAUUGAGGCCUCGGUUGCAAGUUCUAACGCCGCAGCUCGAACUGGCCGCCCUGCCGCCAACGCGUCGCUGGUCGGCGGUCUUGCAGCGUCGAGGGCUUUCCAGAUAAUGUACAGAAAUGAGGAAGUCACGUUGCGAGAUAUAGUUCAUUUCAGAGCCCAUCUACUGGUUGACAGUCGAAAUUUAAAAGAAUCACUAGAACGAGCUGAGUGGAGUCUCGGCGUGGAGCUAUGGUGCAGCGAAGGGGCUCAGUCCAGCACACUAGGGCCUGUCUCCUGCAGAGUGCUCAAGUUGCACUUCCAACCAUCGCAGGGUCUACACUAUCACUUACCUGUGCUGUUCGACUACUUCCAUUUAUCGGCAGUUUCCAUCACCAUCCACGCGAGUUUGGUUGCUUUGCAUCAGCCCUACAUCAAGAAAAGCAUAAUGCAUUAUGUGCAAAGUUGUACCCCAAGAUCAAGUAAGCAAUGGGGUAAACUGAUGAAAAAUGCAGGAUCGAAUUUCAACACGUCUGGUAACUUUGAAAAUGUGCUUUUCGGAUCCAGCGGGAAAUGCGCUGGGGGAAAUUCUAGUAAAAUCGCUCACGCACGACAAGUGCAUGCUGAAGUUUGUGGUAUUCUUCUUGGUUCGUUGGAGGGCUUGCAGAGCGCACUCACAGUAUGUGGAUCGACUGGCGUUAUGCUCACACCUGAAGAGUCUUCUUCAAGCUCUGUCAUCGGUGAAGUGGCACAAAGAAUAAAAGAUCUUAGUGACUUUGGAAAGAAAUCAGAAUGCGGAGAAGACGAAGAAUGGGCGAUGAGUGCGGCCCACGACAUCGCGCGGCUAUGUGCUGAGGUGACUUUGCGUUGGAGAGCAUUUCUACAUCACACAACUGACCGACCUCAUGUUCACCACGCACUAGCCGCUAGGCAUCACGCUCUACGAAUUAAACGAUUUUCUGAGUGCUUUUUCGUGUUGGAUAAUCCACGACAUUCACUAGCUGGGUGUUAUGACAGCAACUACCAGUCUUACCAGAGUAUCGGGGAUGUAGCCCGAAGAUCCAGAUAUUUAGCUCUGCUUCCGCCUCUCCCGGUACAUUGUAUUGCCCUUGACGGUGAUCCACACAUCAUGCCUAUCAUUUUUGAAGACCGAUAUCAAGAUACGGCUGAAUUCGCAAGACGACGUUCAUUUUUGAGUUCAAAUGCAAACAAAUCAGGCAGUGAUCCACUUUUGAAUUCAAUGCCUAUUGGAAAAGAGUGUGUAUGUACGGUGAGUUCAAGAAGACCAUCAUCAGAAGCAUCGAGAACGCCAAAAACGAUUAUGGAUGUCCUCGAGCCUCAAUUUAAAGCACCUAAACCAAGUUCCAAUAUUGUUCAAGCUACGUUAACAUUAGCGCCACAGAAAUCUACACGCACUUCUCCCAAAAUGACGGCGGUAAAAGGAAACAACCUUGUUGAAGUAAUGAAACCUCACAAUAAACAAUUAGAAAUAACUGGACGAAACAGAUAUAUUGUGCAAAACAAUCAAAUAAGUGAAAUACAACUGCCCCCUAACAGAUCUUUUGGUUCAUAUUCCGCACAACAAGGACAACAAUUAUCAAGGUAUUCUGCAUCUACUUUAGAUAUGAAUAGUUCUAAAAGCACAACCAACGUUUCUCGAUCGGGUAAAGACAGACAUGAUCGCAACGACAGUUUUCGUCCGAAACAUGAUAUAACCAGUGGCGUUAGCACUUUACCUGCAAGACACAGUAAAUCGUUAGACCAAUUAAGAGUAUCACAAAUGACUCCAACGAAUCCUACACAGAGGCUAUCGAAAAAUUCAACGAAUAAUUCUCAGUCUUCAGUGAACUACCCAAAACAAUAUCAACCACAACAAACAGUUAAACCUACUACUUUACCCAGAAGCGUCACAACUACUAAUUACCCAACAAACACAACUGCAAGAUGUUCAUCAAAAGGAGAUGACUAUAGGAGGAACAUUAGUGAAUUUAGAGAAAAAUAUAAAAACCCAUGCAAUAUGAACAUCAAUCCACAAGGGAAUAAUGAAGUAUUCCAUAGCGUAGGAUAUAAGUAUGAUGGUGCGGUGAAACCUAAUCCUAACCAAAUCUAUGGCUAUACUUUCGGUAAUCAGGGUACUCUACAAGCGAACAACCUAAUUCGGAAUCCCUUAGAAUUUCAAAGAGGUUACAAUGUAAAUUUACCCCGUCCUAUGUUACCUCCGCGUAAUUCAUAUCCACCAGUGAGUGGUAAAGUACAAUCAGUUGAUCAAAGUAACUUAGUUUCUAGUAAACAGGUGCAUCGAUCCAACUCCACCCAUGUUUUCCAUCAAAAUAUGGAGAAUCCACAACUAGACAUUGAAGCUGCUCGAAACCAACUUCGAUAUGAACUAAAUUACUAUCUUCAAAAGGGGGACUGGAGCUACGAUUUUAAUACAGGGAGUCUUAUUCAAAACUAUCAAAAGAAAUCUAGUAAAAGUAGUGAUGAUAGCGGAUUUGUUAUGACUCUUGAUAGAAGCAGUGAUGGAACAUCAAAAUCUACUUAUUCAAAAACACCUCCUUCUACUCCUCAUUCUACAAUGCCUUCUGUAAGACAUAAGAAAAGCCGUUCGAAAGAAUCUAAGCUAAACAAUAGUGGAAGAGAAAAUACAAAAAUAAAUUCGAGCCGAGAUUCCUUAAGCAGUCAUCACUCUAUUAAAUCCAGGGACAGUAAAUCAGAUCGUCAUAUGUCUAAGUCAGAACGUAGCACUCCAAAAUCAGGAAGAGCAACUCCGAAAUCCGGAAAAACCACACCUAGGUCUGGAAAAGCCACCCCGAGAUCAGGAUUAGCUACACCGAAAUCAGGACGAGCUACACCGCGAUCAGGCGUUGCCACUCCUAAGAGUGGUAGAUCAAGUGGAAAACCAGAAAAACGAACAAAACAUAAGCCGUCUGAAAAAAUGUCACAGCUAAUGUCAGAAGCCGCUUCUUCAUCAAGCAAUGAAAGUAUACCAUUUGAACUAAGAAGGCUAGAGCAAUCUGCCAGUGUUCCUUAUAGUCUGGACCACGGACCAGAAUUACUACGACAUUGCCGAAGUGCGGCUUCUGUAUUGGAUGAACCAAACAUAAACAAUAAUUUUGGUUCAGAAUCGUUACCCAACCUAGCUCCGCCGCCAGCAUUUGAAUCUCCUCCUCUUGACAUAGAUGAUAAAGAUUUCAAGAUUUUGCCACCAGCAAGCUUUUUAAGUAAAGAGGAACAACGCCGUAGAAGUAGUUCAACAUCGAGCUUAAGUGAACAAAGUGGAUGGGUAUCCAGUGGACGUAGUUCUGGUCCCUCUUCUCCUGACAAUGCCAAUAGUCAAUUAAAUCAAAACUUUGCGUCAAAUUUUACAAGAACUCCAAGUAAAACUUACGAAGAUCCUACUAAUAACGAAAAAUCUGAUGGCAAAGCUAUAAAUGAUUUUAAAAGAACGGUCCUUAACGGAGAACAGCUGCGUGAACGAUUAUUAAAAUUGGCUGUGAAAGUCGCUCAAAAUAAUAGCCACGAAAAAAUUGAAUGCUGUGAUAAAGAAGUAUGUGAGGAGUGCACUAUUUGUAGCGAUUCGAUAUGCACCGAUAGUCAAUGCGAAUAUAACAAAUUGAUGCAUAGUAACGGAAUAGAUACAGGUUGCAAUUCAGACACUUGUUCGGCGUCUUGUUUUCGACAAAUGCCGGAAACUAAUUCAAAAUCUAAUCAAAGGCAUAAUUCCUUCAGUGCUACUCAAAGCAAGUCAUACAGUGCAACCCCAAAAAACUCAAAUGAGGGUACGGUAAAAAAAUCACAAACCAUAAGCGAUAAUCUCCAUCCUUACAUUCGGAAAGAAAUAACUCCUAAACCCCCACCUGUUCCAAUAAAAUCCAACAAUAUUGAUAAAACUAAAUUGAAGGAUAGAAUCCAAUACACUGAAAGAUUGAUAGCCGAAGAAAUAAGAAGCUUGACUGUGGAACGUCCUUGUAAAAGUCAUAACAAAAAAUCUGCAUCAGAUAGACCAUCAGCAGCAUCAGUGCAAAAAUACCAAAAUAAAGCAAAAUCAGAAAUUAACUUAUCGCAUUUCAUCGGCGAUAAUGAUUACGAGCACUUGCCUCCACCGCAACAGUUUAGGGAUGCACCCCCACCGCCCGAUGAGUUUAAGGUAACAAAGGAUCCUCCAUCAAAAUCACCGAAGCUAAGUCGACAGAAUAGCAAAUCCUCGACACCAUCGAAGACCUCUAAACAACAGAUUCAACCGUCAACAUUGCAAUUGGACAACCCCCUUUAUCACGUCUGCGAAGGAAUAAUGGAAAGAAGAAAACUGAGACCACAUCAAUCAGCUAAAUCCGGUGGUGUUGCUUCAGUUAGUACUCUUAACAAAAGUCAGAGUACUGGAGAACUGGCAAAUAGAAAUGAAAACGGCAAUAACAAAGAGAAUCGUGAGAGCAAUUUCGUGAGCAUAUUUGGACUGGCUGAAUCCGAAAGACUUUUUGUGAAAUGUAGAGAUGAAUUUAGGCAAAGUGUCAAGUACCCUGGAGCCAUUUACUCUGAUUUUCCUCCCGUUGAAAAUUCUCUUCCAUAUUUUCAUAUCAGCGAUGAAUAUCGAAUGUUUAAUCCUGAAGGGUUGCAUUUAAUAAUUUGCGUACACGGAUUGGACGGUAACGCAGCUGACCUCCGACUGGUGAAGACUUAUUUAGAACUAGGAUUACCAGGUGCAAGAUUAGAUUUCCUUAUGUCGGAGAGGAAUCAAGGCGAUACAUUCUCAGACUUUGACACUAUGACUGAUAGGCUGGUUCAAGAGAUACUUACUCACAUCCAAAAUUCGAGCGAACCCGCUAGAAUAAGCUUCGUGGGCCAUUCUCUCGGUACUAUCAUAAUAAGAUCAGCAUUAGCGAGGCCUCAAAUGAAGCCAUACCUCGGGAAGCUACACACGUUUUUAUCUUUGAGCGGUCCCCACCUCGGCACACUGUACAAUUCUAGCGGAUUAGUAAAUGCUGGUAUGUGGUUCAUGCAAAAGUGGAAGAAAUCAGGCUCCUUACUGCAGCUGUCCCUUCGAGACGCGUCUGAUCCUCGCCGAUCGUUUCUCUACCGGCUCAGCGAGAGAAGUCAGCUGCAUCAGUUCAAGCACAUCCUGCUCUGUGGCUCCGGCCAGGAUAGAUACGUGCCCCUGCACUCUGCUAGACUCGAGCUCUGUAAAGCUGCCGCGAAAGAUACUUCUUUGUUGGGACAGGCUUAUCGAGAAAUGGUUCACAACAUGGUGUCUCCACUAGCGGCCCGCGCGUCCGCCGUGUCCGUGGUGCGGUAUGACGUGCAACACGCGUUACCACACACGGCAAGCGCGCUGGUCGGCAGAGCUGCGCACAUCGCCGCCCUAGACUCUGAUCUAUUCAUCGAAAAAUUCCUUCUCGUGUCUGCACUUAAAUAUUUCCGAUAAUUCAAAGACAUUCGUGGCUAACUACAGUCAAAACUUCCUUGUAUUUUAAAACAUAAGUCAACAAUUUUGUAACCUCUGAACGAAGUGUUAUCCAAAACGACUCUAAAAAUAAUCGCGGGAUUCUCCCAAAAUUCCGAUUUCCUUCAAAAUUACAUUGAAAAAUUUUAAAUUGACUUCACACGCUAAAUCUUAACACGAGCACUUUUUCGAAUUCAAAUUUCAAAUUAAUUCGAAUUUCCUUUCUGAAUUCAAUUACUAAUAUAGCUAUUACCUACUAAUUGUUUCAAAGUAAUGCAAAUUAUCAAGACAAAAGUGUGAUAUAUUUAUUAAAUAAAUCGACAAGAUCAUGGACAAUGCCCGUUAACCGAAAUCAUGACUAAGUAGAAUAAGACGGAUCUUUACACCAAAUAACUAAGACUUCAACUUAGAAAUCGCAGGUUUAAUGUAAGUAAGUAGAUGUUAUUUGUAAAUUAUUGUCUACAUGAAUGACUGGUAAUAUAUGUAGUAGUUUAAACUCGUCAAGGUUUUAAUGUUUAUUUAAAGUAAGUUCACAUUUACCCAAAUUUGUGAUAUGACCCAAAUUGAUCUUAAUGCAUCUGAAGUACUGUUUUGUCAACAACAAUGUUUUUUAGAUAAGUCAAAAAGUCACUUUAGUCAAAUUCUCGUCAAAAAUCAAGGAUUUGGCAAGAAAAAAUAUAAGUAAAGGGUACAUGCGUUGUGUGACUACAUUCAUUUUUUAAAUUAUAAUUAGCGUGAUAAAAGUAAUAUUCGCCUAAUUGACGUUUUAGUGCGUAAACUAUUGAAGUGCUCGGAAUUCACGUAAACUCUGGGUUUAUAUUGUAUAUAUUUUUUGGACAAAUAGAUUCGAAUUAAAAAACGUUUCAAACACAAACAGAUUUUAGGCAUACAGCGAUAAUGCGACAACGUUUUUUUUUUUUGCGUACUUCGAUGAAGCAAUCUUAGCCUAAGUUCUGUAUAGUGGUUACCGAGACCCAUCGACACCACAAUGUGGAAGCCAUCCACCUUGAGAUACGAAAUCGAAGUCUCAAUUGUAUUACAUAUGGCUGUCUCACCCUUCAAACUGGAACGGAUGACGGCCGUGGUUGGAGCAGUCCAAUAUAUUAAAAACACGCGACUUUUCUAUUUGUCCAGCGAACGUCUAUCUGUGUGCUUAGUGCGAGUUUCUUAACGUUCUCGAUAGCGUAAAAGUUAACCCAAUUUUGUAUGCAGUUGGAAUAGCGCCCCUAGCGACAAACGUACGCAAACGAUCCCGCAUACAAAUAUGAGCUAACUUUUACGCUAACGAGAACGUUAAAAAACUCGCACUAAGCACACAGAACGCGUGUUUCGUGGAAUGCGGAAAGUAAACGCUUAACCCAAAUGAGCCAUGAGCAUAAUAGUUAAACUAAAUGUGUAUAAUCUACCUAUAUAGGUCACAUAAAUACAAAAAAUUACUUAAAGUUUAUUCCUAUAAAUGCCUUGUUCUAAAUCCCGAAAAUAUUUGCUUAAUACAAAUUUAACUAUUUCGUAAUAUGUGGAUGCUUACGUAAAGGUUUUUAAGCGCAAAUGUUGUAUGCUCAUGGCUUAAUACAAUCGGAUGAUCAAAAGAAAUUCGGAUGCAGCUUUCAUAUUUUAUUGUAAGCCUAACGAAAUUUGUGGUUUUGUAAUUAUGUAAAAUUUAUCGAAUGUUAGACUGAGGUUUGAGAUUAUACGAUCAGUAAAAAAUGGAAGUAUCUUCAUUUUGAAUCGUUCUUUAAAGAAGUACCUCCUAUUGUUAUCGAGAGAGCCAUCAUCAUCAUCAGCCACAUCAUAGCAGUCCACUGCUGGACAUAGACCUCUCCAAUUGCUCGCCACUGAGCACGAUCCACGGCUUCUCUCAUCCAGUUCCUGCCAGCCACCCUACACAGAUCAUCACUCCACCGAGCCAUAAAUGAAAUUAUUGUGUGAAAUAAAAGACAGUCAUGCAUCAUGCAAGUGAUGAAGAAUUGAUUGUCAUUCCCUAAUGAUUGAGGGCGGUUCAAAAUGUGGAAUAAAAAGCAUUUUUAUUACAGUAGAUAUUUUGGUUUUAUAACGUUUUCUCUUGCUCUGUCCAAUAAUUUCUACUUGUAUUGUAGAUAAUAUUCAUACAGGGGCUUAUUUAAUUCUAUAGUAAAUAAUCACUAAGUAAUUGCUCAGUAUCUAUCAGAACAUACUAAGCACCGUUUUCAAAUCACUAAUCAGAAUCGAAAUACAGGAUCUCGUUUUUUUAUUUAGAAAUAUAAUUAGAAUAUAACUCUAAUACGAAUGUUAUAAGAUCUUCAACUGUCUUCGGUACAAAAAAUGCUAUCAGUAAAUUACAUCCCUAAAGUAGAUGCAUUACUUCAUUUUUUAUGAAUAAAAAUGCAAAAAAGUUUUAAAAUUGAAAUGCUUGAAUGCAAGAAGUACAUAUUUUUAAGAGUAAAUGAUAAUUUAUCACUACCUACACAUUAGCAAAAAUGAUAGGUAAGCUUUAUCGUAAGUUUUGACAGUUUACGAAAAAAACUUUUUCUAGUUGUUUUAUUCAUUUCAUAAUCUGACAUUACAGUUUUUGAAAUGUCAAAAUACAAGUAGACGAAAAAUUCAUUAAUUAUAAUUAAGUUAAUAAUAUAGACAGAAAUUAAUAAAAUAGACACGGGCUAAACCGUAAAACUGCCUCUGUCCUUCUCAUUCGGUCAUAACUAUUUAACUAUUUAGGAUCGCGGUUGACUAACAUUUUUUUAGAUGGCCAUUUGCAAAAAUACUCGCAAUAUAACACACACCACACAAUCCUAUGCCUCAGUAAAAACAAAUACAAUCAACAAUCAUUUAUCUUUAACUAACUUGUUUAAGUUUUUUUGUAUUUCAGUAUAAACACGGAAAUUUUGUCAUACAUUUUAUGCAUUACAUUUUCUCGGCUGUUAUGCUUUUGACUUUAAAACGAACUGUUCCAAAAUCGGUAUUUCAUCGCUAAUACUAAAACUCGGCUGAACUAAACACACUACUUUCUUAGCGAAAAGGGCAGCGACGAUAAUCGUCACUCCUGUACCUGCUCCUAAUUCUAGAACAUUCUUAUUAGAGAGCUCGCCUUUUAACUCAAUGUGUAUUAACCAGUCUCCUAAUAAAAAUGCUCCUCUCCAUACUUGUCAGCCCACUAAAAAUCAUUGCAUGAAUCGAAAAAGUUGCUUUUUUUUAUUUGCACUCCAGGAUUAUAUUAUAUUAAAGUCCACAGACAUAGAGGACUUGGUAGUUCACUGCCUUUACAUAUUUGAAUUUGGUUCAUAAGCUACAUUCUAGAUUAGCAAUGGUUCUAACAAUAUUAUUUAGAUUUAUUUAAGUAUUAUUUUUUGUAAGCGUUCUGAGAGCUUUUAUACUCAACUGCAACUAUGCGACAUACAUAUGUACAUAUUGACACUAUUUACAGACCAGCUAACUUUUUAUGUACCUACAUAAAAUAGCAUUUUUCAAUUUAUUAACAACAAAAACUUAUAUACGUUUGCGUUCUCUAAAAUAUUCUGACCAUUAAUUAUUCCAAAACUCUAACAAGCGUCUUCAAGAUUGACACAGUAAUCUAUAUAAAUAUAUAAAAAUGACUUGCUGUUCGUUAGUCUCGCUAAAACUCGAGAACGGCAGGACCGAUUUUGCAAAUUUCGGUCUUCAAUUAUUUGUGGAAGUCCAGAGAAGGUUUAAAAGGUAGAUAAAUAUGAAAAAGCUCGGAAUUUAUUUAUUUUGAAUAUUUAUUUUGUUUUAUAAUUUUUAUUUUGAAUUGAAUUUAUUUUGUUUUUCCUUUGAUGCCCCCCCUGUCGUACGGAUUCCUUUUGUUUGUUUUAAGAUUAUUUUAUACAAAAGUUUAGGUAUUUUAUUUAUUGAUUGAGGCACUACGAAGUCUACGGGUCAGCUAGUAUGUGAUAAAUAACUGAAACGCCGUCGAUUGUCGUGCCGUUGUAACGAACAUUCUACUUACUUGUUCUUUGAAAUUUGCGCAAUUACUGGUUGGGGGGAAUAUUGUCUGCCCACCCGGGAAGGUACCGCUAUGGAUAUAUCUGCCGUAACCGUUAUUUUUUAUUGUUUAAUCAAUUUAACGCUAAGAACCUGAAAGAUCACGAUAUUUUUUUUCCUACCUAAGCUGAUGGUCUAGAGAGACCAUAUCAUCGUCGCCGGGCUAGUAGGUGAGCUCACGGGGCUCAAGCCUGACGUUGUUGCUAACACGUACGAAGCAUGGCAAGAGCCAUGCUUUGCAGAAUCUACCACCGGAUCGGAAACGCAACCUACUAAGAAGAACCGGCGAAAAACUCAGUGGGCUAAAUCUCGAUAAGAAUGCUUUAAACAUUUCGUUAGUUAUUUUUUUCAAUAUCUGUUGUUAAUAAGGCUGAAAAACGUAUACGGCGAAAUCUCUUCGUAAUUUCAAAGAAUGUUCUUUUCUUGCGUUAGGUGGAUCCGUUAAGUGUUAAAUAGUUACUCCUUCAUAAUAUAUUAGCAAGAACAACAACAAGUAUAUCCCACCCUUCAAACUGGAAUGGAAGACUGCUUCGUAACAAAAAUAGCUAGUACCUUCCCGUACGUACUGAGUGCAUACUCUACCGUCAGAAAAGCUUCAAUAAUUUUACUCAUAAUAAUUGAAAUAAAUAUAUACGUUUCUUUUUAACAUAAUGUUACUAAAGUGAACCUUGAAAUCGCGGAUAAGUUUUCAAUAACAUUACAUAUUCCUGAAAUUAGGCAGUCACAUCUGAAAACGUUAUUCCCCUCAUUUUCCAUGAUGCUAAAUUCAAUAAAUUCAGAUAGUUAGGUAGUGCGGCAUCGAAAUUUAUCUUUAGAUGAAGACAUUAUAACUCGCAAUUUUUUUUAUUUAAAAAAAGGAGACUACAUAAUAAAAAUAUCAUAAUCAAGAAAUUGUGAUUUUGAAACGGUUACAUAAUUAUGUAUGUCGUAGUCGUAUUAAAAACGAAAAAGUUAUGUAAAUAUAAAAUCUAGAAGAAUGAUUUUUUAUUUGUAAAUUAUAAUAUGUUCAAUGUCAACGUAUUGAUGUUAUACACUUAUAAAUAAAUAAUAAAGAAAUUCCAAAAAA